AUGGCAAAUACCCCCUUAAUACUCUCCAUAUGUCUUCUGGGAGCUUGUCUUGGUGAUGAAAACACAGUGUUCAUUGAGAACAAAGAGGCCAGCUCAGUUCUGCAGAGGCAAAGGCGAGCCAACUCCAACAGGCUGGAGGAGGUCAUUCCAGGGAACCUCGAGAGGGAGUGCAUAGAAGAGAAAUGCAGCUAUGAAGAGGCCCGAGAAGUAUUUGAGAACGAAGAGAAAACGAUGCAGUUUUGGCAAACAUACGUUGAUGGGGAUCAGUGCAACCCCAACCCAUGCAAGAACGGAGCUGUCUGCAAGGAUGAAAUCAAUUCCUACGUGUGCUGGUGCCCAGCUGGGUACGAGGGCAAGAACUGUGAGAUUGACUUCACUUGUGCUAUUAAAAAUGGAGGCUGCAAGCACUUUUGCAGCCAUCAGCCCCCACAGAAGGUUGUGUGUUCCUGUGCUCCUGGCUAUAAACUGCAUGAAGAUGGAAAGUCCUGCGAACCUACAGUGCCAUUUCCCUGUGGGAGGAUCACAGCUCCUGAAGCCAAGAGGAAGCUGACCCGAUCCAUGAACACCUUUGAGCACUGGAACAUCACCGGUGAUGACCUUGAUGAUGGCCAUGAGGAGGUGCUGUCCAACAGCACAGAAAGCAGCACUGCUAACAGCACGGAAUCCAGCGCUGCUGUUGCCACCAGGAUCUCACCUGUGCUCAGGACGGACACACGCGUGGUUGGCGGGGCAGACAGCAUGAAAGGAGAGGUGCCCUGGCAGGUUCUGCUGGUGAACAGCGAGGGCUUGGGCUUCUGCGGCGCAUCCAUCAUCAACGAGAAGUGGGUGGUGACAGCAGCGCACUGCCUGAAGCCGGGCUACACCCACAACCUCACUGCUGUGGCAGGUGAACACGAUGUCAGGAGCGAUGACCACACGGAGCAGCGGCGGAAGGUGGUGAGGCUGCUCCCCCACCCCACCUACGACGCCUCCAUCAACGAGUACCACAACGACAUCGCCCUCCUGGAGCUGGACCAGCCGCUCACCUUCACCAGCUACGUGACCCCCAUCUGCCUGGGCAGCCGAGAAUUCACCAACGCUCUGCUGAAGCAAGGCGUGGGCACGGUCAGCGGCUGGGGCAGGCAGCUCUUCCGCGGCCGCAAGGCCACCACCCUGCAGGUGCUCAAGGUGCCCUUUGUGGACCGGCCCACCUGCCUCAAGAGCACCUCCACCACCAUCCUGCAGAACAUGUUCUGUGCGGGCUUCCCGUCCGGGGGCAGGGACACCUGCGAGGGGGACAGCGGGGGACCCUACACCACAGAGAUCGAGGGCACCUGGUUCCUCACGGGCAUCACCAGCUGGGGAGAGGAAUGCGCCCUGCCAGGCAAAUACGGCAUCUACACCAGGGUCUCCAAGUACGUGAAGUGGAUAAAGCAAACCACGAGGCUGCCCUAA